CCAUGCCAAUUGCCAUGUGGUUAAUAAGAAUGUAAACAUAAAGCAGACACAAAACAUCAGUUUUUUAGUGGUUUAAAUAAUAUUACACUGGUCUAAAUAAUAUUUAAAAUUUUCUAGAAAAAAAAAUCACAUUUUUUUUAAAAGAUGCGCUGUAAAAAGAAAUCUGGUGAAAAAAUUGUGUUCAAUUAUCCAGAUGAUGAAAUUGAAAAACUUAAAAAUGAUCCGGAAUCUUGCUAUUCGUAUUUUAUUGACAUCAAUUCUGCUAGAGAUGCUGUGCAUCAAAUUAAUCUUUUGAAACAGAUGCAGAAUAAAUUAAUUCUGAAGAAUUAUGCUGAACUUAAAUCACACCCAGACCUAAAUGUUAUUUGUUUUAUGUUUUAUGAAUCACCUUUAAACAGUUAUCAUAAAAAGACUUUGAGUCAAAUUUUGAAGAUUUUAUGUCAAGUGCAUCCAGAAGCUAUUAAAAUUUCUUUACUGAGUAGUUUAGAAUUAUUUCUAACACAUUCACUUCAAGUUGUUUCAGCAAAGGAAAUUGAAAAGUUUACUGACUGUUUGCUGGGUCUUUUAGAUAAUUUUCCACAAGGUACAUUUAUUGUUGAGAAAAAAUAUGAUAUUGUUUGGAAGCACAUCAGUGAUAUUUUGCAGUAUGUUGUUAGCAAAUUAAAUGAGCCCAGUGCUGCUGAUUUAUUUGGGGCUUGCCUGCUAGUGCUCAAAGCAUAUUUUCUGAUUAUUCAAAAUUGUCCUGAAAUAAGAAAACUGUUAACUUAUAAUGAUGACAAAAAUUUUAAAUCUUGCUGUAACAACAUUAUUAAAGCUUUGGAAGCUUUACUAUUACAUAAUAACACAAUUUUAAAUUGUCGCUACAAUGCUGGAAUUGCAUGGUGUUGUUAUUACAAUAUUGUUGAUUCAAAAAUGUUUAAGGAUAAUGUUUUCAAUCCAAGUAGAAAUACUUCUUUUGAGUUGGAAAAAUAUCCCAUUACUUCACAGCUCUGUAUUUAUGCUGGGACUAUGACUGUCCUUCCUACAGAAGAAUUCAUUUCAACUUUAUUUGAUGAUAUUAUUGCAAAAAUUAUUCUUCAAAAGAUUCUUCAUAUUUCUGAAAGAAUUGAAGAUGUUGAACUUCUAUUAUUGUGUGGAAGAGAUUUAAACCAAUGGUGCAAUAAAAUAUGUGAGAUACUCAAAAUUGCUUGCAGUGAUUCGCAGUUUGAAUCGAAAAUAAGUGAAGUUAAAAAAAUGUUCAUGGAAGGUGGAGAUGAAAUGCAUGUUCUUUUUGAAUAUGUAUUGCGUUACAGAGAACAUUAUGUAGAUACUUUGAGACAUUUGAGUAAGGAACUGUAUAAGAAAAUUUUGCAUCUUCAUAUGUUAUCCAUAGGUGUAAGCCCUUAUGAAAGCCCAGUGCUGAAGAAAAUGGCCAAUUUCCUAUUGAAUGUUUUACCUCAACAUUCUCAAGGCAAAUAUGGUUUGCUGAGUUCUAUUGCUGACUUAGUUGGAACUAAUACUAUUUUGCAAUGGCAACCAUCUCUACCAGAAAUAUUAUAUAAAGGGUUAAACGAGGUUAAUUUAUUUUCACAUAUUUCUGAACUUUUAGAAAUAUUAUUUAGAAAACCUCACAGUGAGGAAGAUAAUGCAAGAUUCAAUGAAAUUUGGUUGAAACCACUUGUGAAGUAUCUUAAUUCAGAUUCCAAAGAAUUUGCUAUUGCUGUGAAUGAGCAUGUUUUGCCUAAACUUCAUAAAGAGAGACCUGAAAACCUGGAAUUUUUAAUAGGAGAACUGUUGGAGAUGACUAAUCAAGAAAAAGGAAAUUGCUUUAGUGUUUCCAUGACUUGUAUUAAAUUGUAUCAGAGGAAAAGCUUGAAUAAAACAGUUUUUGAUUUUAUGUCAGUUGAAUGUUUACGAAAAGCAUUGUCUCAUGCUGAUGAUCAAGUCCGAUUGUCUGCUUUUUCAAUGAUUUGUGAAAGUGCCAAAACAACUGAAGUUGUUAAUGAGAAAACAUUUAAAUUAAUUAUGGAGUUACUUCCUUAUAGUAUGAAUUGUCAAGCUCCAGCAUUUAGACAACAAUUAGUAUCACAUAUGAAAAAGUUGCUAAGCAGGAUGGUUGAUAGCAAGAAUACUUUCUCCAGAAAAAAGGCUGAUUAUCCUGAACAAAGGGAUUAUUUUACAUCCAUUGAAAUUGCCUAUGAGGAAUUCUUGAAUUGGCUUAAAAAAUAUCUAUACAGUUGCUUAUUUCCUGGUGCUAAUUUUCCUCGCCGUGUUACUGCUCUGAAUUUACUAUUUCUUCUUCAUAAGUUCUUUCCUGAAGCAUUAUGUUUUUCUGAAACGUUAGAAGAAACUCAAACAUUACUGUAUGCUCUUCAAGAUACAUAUGAGAAUAAUAAACAAAUAUCUUUAAAAAUAUUGCAGUCUGUUAAUACUUCAGUUUUAGGAACAGAGGAUGAAGAUUAUCUUAAAACUCUUCUGGAAACAUCUUUGGUACUUGCAUCUAGUGCCAAACCACCUGAUACUGUUACUGCAGCAUAUAUGUUUGCCUUCAUGGUUAAAUCUAAAAAUUUUGAGACUGUUCUAUUAAAUCACUUACUAAUAUCUAUGGAAAAUGGUCCAUCUUUGUUGCAUUUUAAAAAAGACUCACUUUCUAGAGUAUCCAAUUCAUCAGCCUUCAUUGGAUUAUUGCUUCUAACUUGUGAAUUGUUGAAGCACCUAAAAAUAGCCCAGGAUAGCUUGUGUGAUGCUGCAGCUUCUGCUCCUUUAUAUGGAAUUCUUGCUUGCAUUAGAAGUAUUAUUUCCGAAAUAGAUUUUCAAAUGUUAGGUGAUAAUGUGUCUCUUCGUGAAUGGUCUAAUUUAAUUCGAGAACUAAUAUCAUUGAGCAUUCAAGUAGCAAAGGUUGUAGAACCUGUGGUGUCUAAUGCGUCACCUGAAGGGCACUUACCAAUGGAUCCUGAUUCAGAUAGUAUUUUAAAACUUCAAGCUACUAUUCGACGAAGUAUUGGAAAACGUUUUCAGACUGCUGUUAUAGAAUCGGAAGCCUGUGUUCCAGAAUUUGAUCAGGUUGUUUUGGAUAAAGUUAAAUCACAUGCUGUUUCAGCACAGAUAUUACUUUUAUGCUGUUGGAGGACCCAUAAAGAAGUUUCCUUGCUGUUUGGAGAAAUUUCUGAUCGAAUUCCUGUCAGUAAUGAUGAUAACAUUGAAUCUGGAAUUUUAUAUGUUGCUCAGAUUAAAGUUGUUGGUGAUUAUUUCAUGCAUCAAAUGGCAUCUGUUAAACAUAAGGGUGCUUUUGAACAAGCUUAUAUUGGAUUUAGUAAGCUCUGUAGAAUGCUAUGGAGAUCGUCUGUAGUAGAACUACAAGAAUUACCUCAGAACUGGCUAAAUGAUCUUUGCUUAGCUAUUAAGGGCUUAAAAGAGGAUAAGAAUUUCUGUUAUACCAGGAGAAGUGCAGGUUUGCCUUUCAUUACGCAGGCAAUUUUGGCUUCUGAACCUAGUAUAUCAAGUUCAACAUUUUUCAAAAAUACUAUAUCUUCAUUUCUUAAAAUGGCAUCGAGUCAGAAAGAUGAUGGAAAUAUAGAUGAAAUGGUUCAUGCUCUCAACAUCUUACGAGCUUUAUUUCGGGAUUCAUGCUUAAGUGAUUUUCUUAUACCUUUUGUGUCUGAAGCUUUAAUGAUUUCAAUCACUGGAUUCAAGUCUCAUUAUUGGAUAGUUCGAAAUUCGUCACAUCUUUUAUUCAGUGCUCUCAUGACUAGAAUCUUUGGUGUGAGUGGUCCACAAGAUGAAAUAGGGAAAAAGAAUAGGCUUACUAGUCGGACUUUCUUUUCAUAUUACAAAGAGAUGUAUGCCUUCUUGUAUGAUGAAUUGAAACAGUGUACUGAAAUUAUGAAUCAGAAUCGAGAAAGUCUUAUUCUUGUACCAUCUUUAUAUCCCAUUCUUCUUGUAUUGGGGAGAUUAUACCCAGCACCUGGUGAAUGUGAUUCUCGUCUUGUAUCUUUUCUACCAUUUUUGAAUGUUUGCUCUGCCAGCCCUAUUUGGAAAGUACGAAUUUUAGCUGCCCAAGCUUUAGUUCCUUUAAUAUCAGCAGAAAGUUUCGUUUCAACUCUUCAAUCUCUGUUUGAUUCUCUGCCACAUAAUGGCCAAGUUAUUACAGGUCACAAUCAAAUUCAUGGAAUAUGUCUGCAGGUUUUUUACCUUUUGAAAGAAUACUACCAUUUGCCAAUAGAAUGGAGGAAGGUGAUUGAAGAGAAUAUUCAUGCAUGGAUUCUUUCACAUGAUAAAUUAGCUUCAAAAGAAAAUACUUGUUAUACAACUAGAGUUGCAUUUUUGGAGAUUAUAUUACUUAGUUUAUCUAUAAAUUCCAAAUUAGGUUAUAACUUGCUGCUGGACAUGAUAAAAGAUGUGCUUUCUGAAAUUCAAUCAAUUUCAUCAGAUCCAGAUGUUAUUUGUAUGAAAGAGCAUUAUUUGUGUAUAUCUGCCACUGUGAUUUUUCUUUGUCUUCUUCAGUCUGAACAAACUCAAAUAGACAAUUUCCUGAAAGAAAUAGAUUCUACUUGUAAAAACUUGCCAACCUUAAUCCAAAAAUUUCUAGAAACUCCAUAUGAAAGUGUUCGAUGUAUGAUUUUGCACUGCUUAGUAUGCCUUUUCCAGAAGGAUACUGAUACUUAUAAAGAUGAUUUCAGUUCUUCAGCCAUUCCAAUAUUCUUUUCUAAUACAAUUGCUACUUCUAUUUCUACUUUGAAAAGGAAAACACAAUUUAUUUUAAAUAGACUUUGUAAUGACCAUGUCUUUUCUGCUUUUCUUGUAAAAAUGCUAGUUACAGAAGAAAAUAAUUCAUCUUGUUCAGGAAAAGUUUGCUAUCUUUUGAGUUUAAUGCCAUCAAUUGUUGAUUUGAAAUGGGAUUUUUGUGCGCCAAGAAUAUUCUCAUGUUCUUGUUCUAAAUUGGAGUAUGCUUUAGCACUUCUGCAAAACUGCCGAAGGGAUGAAAUAUCCAAUUUAAUAUUACUGUUUGCUUCUUGUCUUGGUGUCAAAGUAUAUCAACAUCUACCAAAACCUAUGACUACUGCAAAUUCUGGCUAUUGUGCAAGAUGUGUGCCCAUUUUAAGAAAAUGGUGUGAGAUGCUGGAAGAAAGUGCUCAACCAGAGAAUUGUGUUUCUAAAAGGAAAGCAGUUGUAAUAGCCUUUAAAAAAAUACCUCAAGGAUUUCUUCUAAAUGAAUUUAAAGUGUUAGAUGAACUUGCACUAAAGCUUUGGCAAAUACUCUUCAAUCUUAUUAUUGAUGAUGAACCUGAAAUAAAACAACUGGCUGCUGAAUUUAUCAGUUCCAUAGAAAUUUUCCAUCCAGACUUGGAAAGAAAAAUAUUGCCUGCUGUUCCAUCAUUUGCUCUAGAAUAUAUGAUAAAAAUUUUUGUUUCUGAAGAUAUCUGUCCUCUAUCUCGUCGUAUUGCAGUAUUGUUGAAUUGGAUGCUCUCUUGCAGAAUUCAAGCUGUUGAUUGCAUUACUGAUGAACAGCCAUUUGAUCGAGGAGAAUUAAAUGUUUAUGUUGAAGAUCUCUUUCUUACAAGUUUGACAUAUGACAUUCUCUCUUGGUAUUUAAAGUCUUUGAACAGGGAGGAUAUCUCAUCUCUACGAGUAUGUAAUUGGAAAGACAUCAGUAAUCCACAGGAAACCACAUUCACCUUUGAUGAAAUCGUUACAACCUGUCUAGAUGAACUGAAGCAAUUUUUUGAAUGCCUUCUUUCCAGAGAAGGAAUUUUGCCUCUCAUAGAUACUAAUUUUGAUCUACAAAUUUUACAGAUAAGCCAACGAUUGUAUGUUAUUUCAUGUUUUGCACAGUAUGUUUCAUUAAGUGUUAACUAUCAAGCUCUUGAAUUACUUGAAGACCUAAAAAUAAUUAAGUUCCGGACCUUUUUCUUUUGUGAAUUACUAUCUAUGACUCAUCUGUCUCUUAUAUCUUCUGUCCCUUCAAGAACAUAGCUUAUUGUACAUAUAUAUUUUAAAAUCUAGGAAAGUAAAAUAAAUUUUUUACAUUUUAUUCA